GUAUCCAUGUUCCGUCUAUGCUGUCAGACAGCCUCCCGGUUCGACGAAAUAUCAACGAGGACACAAAAUCUGGUGAUAUUCUAGCACUCAUAGCAACCGAAUGGGUUGACGCAAGAUAUAUAGUAAAGCUGAGAGGAGAAAUGAACUCUCAAUACAUAGGAGACGGUCAGAAAUCGUAAUACCGUGUGCUAAAAAUAGGCAAAAUGGCGACCAACCUUCUGCAAACAAGUGAAAUUCGCGAACGGGAAAAUGACGUGAACAGUGUGAAAGAAGGGUCCGAAGAUGAGUGUGACGAUGAUGGGAAACAGAAAAAUAGACCCCCACCCAUAGAGGCCCCUUCCAACGUGAUGGGGCAUGGGCCCCGAACCCCAGGAGGGUCCAAGGAGAAGGAGAAGAAAAUUGGGCACAGAAGAGUUGACGAGACUGGUAUUGUCACCUACAAAAAGAAACCAACAUCGGAGUUGAUGGCAGCCAUACAGCUAGGUAUUGGUGCCAGCGUUGGAGGGCUUUCCUCGAAACCCGAGCGUGAUGUACUUAUGCAGGAUUUCCAGGUGGUGGACAGUGUGUUCUUCCCUGCGGAAGGAAGCAACCUAACGCCCGCUCAUCACUACAGUGAUUUCAGGUUCAAAACCUACGCUCCAAUUGCAUUUAGAUACUUUCGAGAAUUAUUUGGUAUUCAACCUGAUGAUUUUCUGCUGUCGUUAUGCGAUGAACCGUUAAAAGAACUGUCUAACCCUGGUGCUAGUGGAAGUAUAUUUUACCUGACCUCGGAUGACGAGUUCAUCAUAAAAACUGUACAACACAAAGAGGCUGAUUUCUUACAGAAACUUCUACCUGGAUAUUAUAUGAAUUUAAACCAAAAUCCACGAACGCUAUUGCCCAAGUUUUAUGGCUUAUACUGUUACCAGUGUGGUGGGAAAAAUAUCCGAUUUGUGGUUAUGAACAAUUUACUACCAUCUUCUGUGAAACUUCAUGAAAAAUAUGAUCUUAAAGGAAGUACGUACAAACGUAAGGCUUCGAAACAUGAACGAGGAAAGAGCUGUCCAACACUGAAGGAUUUAGACUUCAUUGACAUUCAUCCAGAAGGAAUUCUACUCGAAAAAGACAAACAUGACGCAUUGGUGAAAACCAUGCAGAGGGACUGUCGGGUGCUAGAGAGUUUUAAGAUCAUGGAUUACAGUUUACUAUUGGGAAUAUAUAACUUAGAUCAGGCGGUACGGGAAAAGGCUAAAGAAACUGAGACAAUUAAUCAGGAAACAACAACAAAUUCCAGUGCUGGGACGUCCCAGGGCGGGGCCUCGUCCCUACCCCCAGAGGCGCUUGCGGACUCUUAUCCAGGUGCCACAACUUCUCCCCCUAAAACAGGUUCUUCGCUGGCGAGGACCAAAUCUAUGAAGACGCGAUUAGCUAAUUAUUCAACGGCCAUUGAGGCAAUUCAAGCAUCAAGAGGAUAUGAUGAUGAUGAAGACGAAGAUGAAGAUACGCCGCCUGGUGGUAUACCGGCUAAAAAUGCCAAAGGGGAACGACUCCUCAUGUACAUGGGAGUUAUAGAUGUCCUACAGAGUUACAGAUUAAAGAAGAAAUUUGAGCACACGAUGAAAUCCAUAGUGAUAGAUGGAGACACGAUAUCAGUUCAUCGCCCAAGCUACUAUUCCCAAAGAUUCCAGAACUUUUUUGAAAAACGUGUAUUUAGAAAGUUACAGACACCCUUGAAGCAUUCUCCUUCAAAAAGAAAACCAGGGGGCCCGAAGAAGUCGUCCGGUCAUUCCGAGUCUGAAGGAGUAACAGAAGUUCCACGAAGAACAGGGGUCACAGAGAGGUCACAUAGAACCAUUAGUUUUACAGAAGACAAAACACCCAUUCCAGGCACAACAGGGGGUCGGCCAGAUCUGCUGCCAGAAAAUUCCACGCCACCCCCGACAUUUGAUGAGGCGGUGGGUUCCCUGACACCCAAAAGGGGGCGUAGUGGAACAGACAUAUCUCAUUCUCCAAAGUCAGUGUCACCCUCGGGCGAGAGUCUAAGUGAGGGUAGGAGGCCUGAAGUCCAGGUGAGCGGUACAUUCCAAGUGACCUACCAGGAGUCAAGUUCCUCUUUGUCUCACACCUCCCCUGUGAUGCGAACAUCCCCUCCCCUCAGCAUCUCCGAGUCAACACCCACACAUACAGACUACACGGAAGGAACGCCGAGCUACACACCGUCUAGUCCGAGUUGUUAUAGCGAUAUAGAUCAAGCUUUCCAGGCAGAGCUAGACAAAGAUGUACAAGCAUCGCCGUUGUCGGUUUCUCCAGCGAGGUCAAAGGUCACUGUGAUCACUUCAAGCAGUACAGAGACAUCGUACACAAGUGCACUCGAAAACCCGUACAGCAGCGACAGUGAACGUGGACCAACAAACUCUGACAGUAAUUAUGGUGACAGUACGCGAACCUCACCUGACAAGGGGGGUCAAGGUCACUUCAAUAAACCACAGGUUCAAGGUCACAUAUCAACAACAGUGUCAAAUUACAAUGAUAUUCAAAACGAUUCCACGUGGAAAAGUGAAGAAGAUGAAGUGUCAAAGACUAAAGGUCAAGGGUCACAGGGGUCAGAGGAGUUGGCGGUGAAGGAAUCUGAAGUGAAAACCGUUUCUCCUGUCAGCCCCAAACAAAGAAGAGUUCACUUUCAGUCUGACGCAGCUGAAGCAUCAGAUGAAAUUAUUGCAAAACCAGACGAUCCUGGUUGGCAAGAGACGCACCUGUAGCAGAAAAAUGAAGGCACACAAAACAAACGUUCCAAGGAAGAUCUUCACAAGUGGUAACUAACUGUAACUAUGGUAACAAACUAUCAUUAAUAUCCACUGACAAUUUUUGUAUGUCGUGGUAAUAAUGGCUUUUGUGAUAACCAGACGGAAGUGAAAACAAUUUACCACAAAGACUUCUAACCAUUGGACUCCCACGGAAAAUGUUGUAACCACAGCGACAACAAACAUGACAACCUAGUGGUUUACUAUAGUAAAUGUGUCAUCUUCCUCCUAGCUGUAGACUGUGAUUCACUUUUAAGACUUUCCACCCCUAUUGUGUAGAAUAGACUCAACCAUAAUUGGGGAGGAGCCAUAAUGAUCAAUAGCAUGUUUUAUAACGAACACACGGACUCUCCCAUUAAUAGGGAUUUUAUUUUUAUUUAUGGUUGCCAUUGUGAUUCUUCUGACGACUGAUGAUUUUUGCAUUUAGCGACAAUGUCAAAUGCUCUUGGGGUCCAUUAACACGUGUCUGUAGCAAGAUUACUUUGUCUUUGUGACUAAAGGCAAGAGUGGAGAUUUGAGAUUUGAUAUAUCUAUGUUUCAAUAUAAGCUGUUUGAGGACUGUUUCUGUAUGAAUUAUUAGUAUGAAAUAUCUGCUAACGUACGCUGUGUAAAAUAAGCAAAUAAUUUGAUUGGUUCUCAUCCAGUAACCAUGAGUGUCACAUGACCUACAAAGGAUCAUUAAGGAUGUGUAUGUGCUGUAUUGUAUACACUUUAUUUGAAGACUGAGGCGUGCUACUAAAUACAUUGUUCCACAAUUGGUAUAUUUUAUAAAAUAGAAUAAACAAGUUGAUAAGAACAUAUUUACCGACACAUUUACAAAAAGGGUUUUAAGAAAUUUAGUGGAAAUGUCAAGUUGGAUGGUUGAAUGUUGCGUUUGAUACUUUAAUGUGAAAACAUUACCUCUAGAGUGAUAGAAUGCACUUCAAUCUAACUCCACUUAUUUCUAAGAUUCAUGAUUGGUCCAGUUACUCACAAAAUUGCAUAAAAUAUUAUUACGAUGAUUAAUGUGUCAAUUUUGUUUUUAAUAUGACAAUUUCUUAGACUUGAGUCAGUGACUGAAUUUGACUUUUUUCUGAAUUGAAUUUUGUCACUUAAAUAUUGUUUAUCAAAAGAAAUUUGAAAUAUUGAGAAACCUCUUCUCUAUUUCUUUUACAAUGAAAUAUAAAGCUACUCAUCUCAGCAUGGAAACAUCUUAUACUCCCUCUCCUUCAGGUGCUUCUGGUUCCACUCACUACCAAAACCUGUCUUACAAUACGGAAUCAUUCUUACAUACCAUUUUAUGUAUAUGCGAUAUUCCAUUUUAGUACAUUUAUAUUCAACUGAACGAGUAGGGCAUUGUUAUGUUUCAAAGUUUUCAUAAAAAGUCACUGAAGGUAUUGUGCGAGGAAUCAUCUCUUGACACAGAAAUCAAGAAAUAGAUGAAAGGCGAACAUCAAAGGAAUUUACAAAAAGAAAAAAAAGGAAGAAACAUGUAAGAACAUAUUGUACCAAGAAGCCAGACAAAGGAAAUUCCAACAGUCACAGAAAAGUCUAAAGCAUCAUAAGUAUAUGUGACAUUGUUCAAUGAGCAAACCAUUCUCGAGUCGCUAUGAGCUGUUUAUACCGAUGGAAUUGCUUUAGUAAACUGUUUGUGUCAAUGGCGUUGCUCUAGCAAACUGUUGAUAUUAUUGACAUUGUUCUAAACCAUUAUGUAUUUUCAUAUUUCAUAUCCUGUCGUUUGUCUUUCAUGAAUUAUUUUCUUACUAAAUUACCGAUGUCACAAUGUUGUAUGUUGUUGUGUUGUUGAGGCUCAUCAAACCAUUCAUCUAUAUUUAUGAGAUUUUGUACAUUUAAGGCGGAAUUUAAUGCACCUCAUGAGAAUAUACAAAAGAUAGACCUACCUUCUGUUUGCUAAAUUAAAAACAAAACAUACACUGUGGUCAUCUUUCUAUUUUCAUUUUUCAUUUGAUAUAGAAUUCUGGAAGAAUUGAAGUGUGUACCGACCGAUCAUUCUAGAUGUAGUAUUUAGUACAUAUCGUAUGUGUAAAACAACAGCAAAAUUUCACACGGAAUGUUUGAGAGAUACAAGGUAAUUAUGACAAAGAAUGAGUUAAAUUGUAGACAAUUCACGGUUGUCGAAUUUUCGGAGAGAUCCGGCAUAUAUACAUACACUGUAAGUAUAAGGUUGUCACGAUAUUAGAUACGUUGUUUACUUCAUGGUGACAAUCAUAUCUCUAUCUUUACAAAUCCAAACAAUCUCACAAAAGUCAUCUGGAAUACAUCGCUAUUUUUAGCUGUGUCUAUUGGUAAAUCUGAUACGUCGAGUAGGCAUGCACAGCUUCACCAGUGGUCUUUGUUAGUGUUCGGUCAAUAUAAGGAAACAGUGAUAUCAAAAUAUCAUCUUUAUCACUACUGGUAGGUUUUAUAAAUAAUAAAUGCGAUAAAGUGUGGAUAGAGAAUCACUAACAAUGAUGUGAUGAGUCUCUUGAUUUGCUGGCUGGGAUUAUGUAAUUCACACGUUAAGGUUAAUCGUAUUUCGUUAUUAAAUUGCAAUUUUGAUUUCAUUCCGAAGAACAUAUAUAAAUAAUUCAUUUGAAGGUUUUGCUUUAGACGUGUUACUAGUAUUUAAUUCUAUGCUUCAUUGCUAUUAAAUUUCUGUCUGGUAGAUUUUUCAAAAAACAAUAUGGUAUGUGAUUAGGUCUAACACCUGUUUCAUUAAGUGACAAGACGGUGAUAUGUUGAAAGAACGAGAGAACAGUAGAAUGGUAAAAAUUUAUAUAAAAAAAAGCCUAUCAAAUGACAUAUAGUGAUCUGGAACCUAUAGGUUGGUAUAAAGGACAUCCGAAAUGUAAUGCCUACGGCUUUCUGCUGCGGUGUAAAAGGAUACCAGGUUUCGAGAUGCCUAGAUGAUGAACAAGGCAGUCUAUGUUACGUUGUAUUUCUGUAAGCCUCGCUACUGUCAGAAUGAUAAUCACAUUUCUCACAAGAACAACAAGUAUAGAUUAGAUAUAUGCCACAUAGUAUGUUUCAAAUUUGAUAUAUACUACGUGGUAUGUUUCAAAUUUGAUCUGAGCAAAAGCAAAUGUUUUAAAUUGGAUUUUUGCUACAGCGUAUGUUUCAACGUGUGAUUUGUUGCCAUAGAACGAAAUUUUUCGACUUGUUUAAUUUCCCUUGGACGUGGAGCUGGAUAUCGUCCGCAGAAUUCAUUGUCAGUCUGAUAUUAGAAUUAUUUUCAGUCUUGUGUGAUUGAACUCUGUACUUGUACUAAUCAAUGAUACCUACAGUAGCAUUAUAUGUCCACACUUUUUUAUUACGUGUAUAAACAUAAUAGAUGAUAAUGAAACAUAUUUAUGAAUUAGUAGAUUUAAAAAGAUAACUAUUUUUCCAUAUGUGAUAAAAAGAACUCUCAAGUGAUUUCGAGCUACACCUAACCCUAGUUCUAUGUUGUCAUCUGACAUGAAUUAUAGUUAAGGGAUAGAUCAUAUUUUACCAUUUUUGGGACUGGUUUUAUGAAAUAUGCAUGUUAGUGGAAUUGUAGGCAAGCAAAUUGAUUUGAACGUUGUAACGAUGUGUAUGGAUGAUAUGGGUCACUCUACGAUCUGAUUAAUAUCCAGUAUUUGACCUUUCUAUCAAAGACAAAUAUUACCUUCACGUUUUCCUGGUAAUGUUUUCAAGUCCGUUAGGUUACAGCCGUACAUUACGGACUGAUCUGCACGUUGUCAGUAUAUCUGUGACAGGGUGUUGUGUCACGUGUCUAGAUACUGUAUCUCAGUGUGUUGACAGUAUACACCAAUCAUUCGUGACCAUGGCUGACGCGACGACUUGCACCUCUAAACACACAAAGACGUUAAGUAAAAAAACUUACGUAGAAUUCAGAUGAUUACUUAUGACUUUACACCAUUGACAAUUUGGACAAUUUAGUUAUCAGUCUUAAAAUUUAAUAUGAAAUUCAAUAGUUUCUUAGAAUGAUCCAAAUGCCGGAAAUUGGGCAGUUUUUGUCGAGUUUCAUUUGUUGGCGAAAUAAAUCGUCGGGAUGCAGGUUAUUAACUUAUUGGUUAAUAAAAUCAUCUUUAUCCAGUUAAAGUUUAUUAUUUCAUUGCUUCAUUGAUCACACUAAAGGUAUUUAAUUGGUGACAAUUUUCAAAAGGACGAUUUGAACCUGUUAUAAUACUGAAAAUAUUGAUUAUGUUCAUUUUAUGUUUUUAAACAAAAAAUAUGUUAUUGCAGAAGAUUAUUUUCGUGUUUGUACCUGUUUCCUGCUUUCACUUUCUCUGUUUUCGCAAUACUUAUAACCGAUUUAUCGUCACUGUAAAGGUCUAAGAAGCAUAACACUGACAUACAGGAUGCAGCAAAUUUAGAGCUUGAUAUUGAUCAUAUCGUAGAGUCCUUGUGUAAAUGAGGUUGAAUGGAAGUAGGAACUAUUUUGUAUGCACAUCAUUGAAUAUACAAUGUAGUUAACGAAUGAACUCAUGAAUAAAAUGGCUGAUUCAAGAUCAUGUAUUCAUAUUAAAUUAUGACGACAACUAUA